GGCCUUCCCCCCUCAGUCCCUCACAACACACCGACGGGUCCUGCGGCUUUAUUUCCCGGCCAGGCCGUCCAGAAAGAGGACGCUUGAGGCCUCCCUUCGCCUUCGCCCUCCGCCCAUCGUCACCGCCGCUUGAGACUUCUUCCUCGCAGCUCGGACGGGGAAGAAGGAGGAUUGAAACUCGCGCCUUCCUUUCCCUUCCCUGCGCAUGCGCGCCAUGGGUAAGGAAGUGCGCAUGCGCGAGUCCUGCCAGUUGCGGCUCCGUGAGGCGCCGGUUAGGAGGUAGUCGCGCACAGUGAGGCCAGUUGUAAAGCAAGGCUGGUGAGCUCUAGACAGUGAAUAGAGAAAAUGCAGGUUUUUGUGAAGACCCUGACAGGAAAGACCAUCACCCUGGAGGUGGAGCCCAGCGACACCAUUGAGAAUGUGAAGGCCAAGAUCCAGGAGAAAGAAGGCAUCCCGCCUGACCAGCAGAGGCUCAUCUUUGCCGGGAAGCAGCUGGAAGAUGGCCGCACUCUUUCUGACUACAAUAUCCAGAAGGAGUCCACCUUGCACCUGGUUUUGCGACUGAGGGGUGGCAUUUGAAGUUGAUCCUUGCCAGCAACCACCCAGAGAAAAUGCACUGCACUUGAUUUCAAUAAAGCUGUUGCAUUCCCAAUGA